CUGCACGAGUUGUCCAUGCAGGCCUUGGGCGAGCUCAUGAGGGGCCUCCUUGAAGAAGACCCCACUGAGAAUUGGUUCAUGGAAAUGUUCCAUCUGCUUGAGCCGUGGAUCUUCUCUGACAAGGAGUGGGAGAGAGAGAGGGCCUUGCAGGCCAGCUCCCAGCUCCUUGUUGCCUAUCAGGAGACGGUCUAUUGCAGACUACAAGAGCCUUUGGAGCAGUUUGGGUCCCUGCUGGGGCUGCUGACACCAUACACUUGCAGCUCUCUUGCUGCAUCCCGCCUGUGGGCCGCCGACUGCAUUUUCUGCCUUCUGCAGCUACAAGGCCAGUCCAGGACAAUGGAUGCAGCAGAGGGGGAGCUGAGAGGUCUCCGGGAGGAGCUCAAAGCUGCCAGCCCUGAGGCUGUGCUGACAUCAUCCUGCCAAAUGGCGAAGGUCAGUGGCUCAAGAAGCUGGUGUGGAGACUCUGGGAGCUGGGUGUCCUUCAUUAAAGAAUAA